CCGACUGGUUCCUAGCGACAUGGCUGAAGAGGUGAGGCGGGAAGAAGAGUCUGGCGUGGGGCGGGCCCGGAUCCCUGGGGAGCUCGGAGGCCCCCAGCGGGUAGCCGAAGCCCUGCCGCGCCCCCACAGCCAGUAGCCGUCCCCUCGCGCACCCCGGCCCCGCCUCGCAGGGGCGCCCGAGCGAGCCCCGGGCUCCCCUUGGGCCCAGCACGGCGCUGGGUCAGCCCUUCUCUCGGGUCUCGGGACAGGUGAGCACCCUGAUGAAGGCCUCGGUUCUGAUGCGGCAGCCCGGGCGGGUGCAGGAGAUCGUCGGCGCCCUCCGCAGGGGCGGGGGAGACCGGUUACAGGUGAUUUCUGAUUUUGACAUGACGUUAAGCAGGUUUGCAUAUAAUGGGAAGCGAUGUCCUUCUUCUCACACUCAUGGAGCUUCUUCACCACUAUUACCCAAUCGAGAUUGACCCCCACCGGACCAUCAAGGAGAAGUUACCACAUAUGGUGGAGUGGUGGACCAAAGCACACAAUCUCCUGUGUCAGCAGAAGAUCCAGAAGUUUCAGAUAGCCCAAGUGGUUAGAGAGUCCAGUGCAAUGCUCAGGGAGGGAUACAAGACAUUCUUCAACACACUUUAUCAAAACAACAUUCCCCUUUUCAUCUUCUCAGCGGGCAUUGGUGAUAUCCUGGAAGAAAUUAUCCGACAGAUGAAAGUAUUCCACCCCAACAUCCACAUCGUGUCUAACUACAUGGAUUUUAAUGAAGAUGGUUUCCUACAGGGAUUUAAGGGCCAACUCAUACACACAUACAAUAAAAACAGCUCUGUGUGUGAGAACUCCAGUUACUUCCAGCAGCUUCAGGGCAAAACCAACAUCAUCCUGCUUGGAGACUCCAUGGGGGACCUCACUAUGGCCGAUGGGGUUCCAGGUGUGCAGAACAUUCUGAAGAUCGGCUUCCUAAAUGACAAGGUGGAGGAACGGCGGGAGCGCUACAUGGACUCCUAUGACAUCGUGCUGGAGAAAGAUGAGACACUAGAUGUGGUCAACGGGCUGCUGCAACACAUCCUGCAUCAGGGGGACCAGGUGGAGAUAGAGGGGUUGUGAGGGCCCAGGCUCAGGCCAGGCCCUGCAGGCCCAGACGAGGAGGGGCCACCAAUCUGGUCAGCUGUUUUUUUGUGAGCACACAGAAAAGUCCAGGGUGGCCAAGACUGGACCCUUCCAUGCCCUUCCCCUCACUUCUCCCCUGCUGCCUUCAUCACUGGGGGCUUGAGGGAGGCCUUGCCAGGGAGAAGGGCACAAGCACUAUUCCCGAUGAACCGUCGACCAUGGCAUGUUAGUGCUGUAAGGCUUGUCUAGUCCAGCAAUUCUUUUUUUCAAAAUUUUUAAACAUGUUCAUUACAAAGCUGUUCUUCAAAAAAGUGUAAUGUAUGAGACAAAUUAAAAUUAAA